AUGAGCAACGCCGACUUCCUCGGUCGUGCCAUCGACACAGUCAAGAAGGCAAUAGAAACAGACACAGCAGGCGAAUAUGAGAAGGCAUACCAACUAUACUAUAGCGCCCUUGAGCUCUUCAUGCUCGCCCUUAAAUGGGAAAAGAACCAAAAAUCCAAGGACAUGAUUCGUGGCAAAGUUGCCGAGUAUAUGGAGCGCGCCGAGAAGCUCAAGCAGCAUCUGAACCAGAAUGAUGCCUCAAAUCGGAAGAAACCUGCGGCGAUGGGUUCCAACGGCAAGGCAGCAGGAGGCAGUGGCAAGGGUGGAAAGGACGAUGACGAAGACGGCGAGGGUGACGCCGAUUCUAAGAAGCUCCGCGGUGCGCUCGCUGGCGCCAUUCUAUCCGAGAAGCCUAAUAUCCGGUGGGAAGAUGUCGCAGGUCUAGAAAUGGCCAAGGAAGCGCUGAAAGAGGCCGUCAUAUUACCGAUCAAGUUUCCACACCUCUUUACUGGCAAACGACAACCUUGGAAGGGCAUUCUGCUCUAUGGCCCACCUGGUACUGGUAAAAGUUAUUUGGCAAAGGCUGUGGCAACAGAGGCAAAUAGCACGUUCUUCAGUGUAUCUAGUUCUGACUUGGUCAGCAAGUGGAUGGGAGAGUCGGAACGAUUGGUCAAGCAACUCUUCGCCAUGGCCCGCGAAAACAAGCCCUCAAUCAUCUUCAUUGACGAAAUCGACGCAUUAUGCGGUCCCCGAGGCGAAGGAGAAUCAGAAGCAUCACGGCGUAUCAAGACAGAAUUACUAGUGCAGAUGGAUGGUGUAGGCAAAGAUUCAAAGGGCGUCCUUAUUCUCGGCGCAACGAACAUCCCAUGGCAACUUGAUUCUGCUAUCCGACGCCGAUUCCAACGGCGAGUACACAUCAGUUUACCCGACACGCCUGCACGCAUGCGCAUGUUUGAGCUUGCAGUCGGCAACACCCCCUGCGAACUUAACCAGGCGGAUUACAAGAAGCUCGCAGAGCUCAGUGAGGGCUACUCAGGUUCCGACAUCUCAAUCGCCGUACAAGACGCACUGAUGCAACCCGUGCGGUUGAUCCAAACAGCGACCCAUUACAAGCCAGUUGUAGUCGACGGCGAAACAAAAUGGACACCCUGUUCCCCUGGUGACCCGCAAGCAGAAGAAAAAUCCUGGACCGAUCUCGACGGCGACCAGCUCCUCGAACCCCCUCUGAAGGUCAAGGACUUCAUCAAGGCGAUCAAGGCAUCGAGACCGACGGUCAGCGGCGAAGAUCUCAAGAGAAGUGCAGAUUGGACCAAGGAGUUUGGAAGCGAGGGUGCAUAG